CGGUUGUAAGCAAAAUGCUUUCGACGUAUGGUUUUCAUAUUGAUCGAUUCUUUUAUUUUCUCAGCUAAAUUGUAUUGUACUAUUUGUAAAUAUUAUCGACAAUUUAUUCGUGAAAUAUAUAUUUUAGUGAAAUAUAAAAAGAAAGAUUAAAUUCUAAAUAAAUCAUCGUUCCUCAGAUUUAACGUAAGAGAAGAGAAACAUAACCUCUCGUUUAAGAGAAAACGUACGCAUGCGAGAAAGUUUCUUAGAGUUUUGUAUUAAUCACAUAAACAAUGACCGUUUGGGAACGAAUGCGAAAUCCAUGCGGAUGGAGAGGAGGUGCUAAACAAAUAUCUGUUGACGCUAUGAUACCGCUAUUCACGGUACCCCUUUUGGCGAUAAUCGCCGCCCAGUCAUUUCUUUGUACCGUCGUAAUAUUUCUUGCAACGCCUAUUUUAGUAUAUUAUUUGCAUCAUAAUUUCUUGAGGUUUCUACUAAGAACAAAAUUUUUUCUCAUGUGGACGAUUACGAGCGUGUUGAUGCUGAUGGUAGUUUUUGAAGUCAGUGUUGUGCCGUUACUUGAAAUAUUACCAGAGGAAAAUUUGUUCUUUAUACUGUGCGUUGUCGGAGGCAUAUAUUGUGGCUUUAAGACAAGACUUAAUGCGGAUCAUGCUGCUCAAGAAGGUGCUACGGAGCAAGGUUUAGAGCUUGGGGAAGGAAGCGGAGAGCUAUGUGUAACUUGUAGAAGAAGAGCACCGCCUAAGGCUUAUCACUGCCGAAUGUGUCAAACAUGUAUACUUAAUAGAGAAUAUCAUUGUAAAUGGUUGGAUUGUUGCAUCGGUUCCAGUAACUUACAGUGGUAUCUUGGAUGCUUGCUACUUUCAGCGACAGCUUUUAUUUAUGGCUCUAAUCUAACUAUGACAACAGUAUGUCAUCCUUUUAUUUUAAUUGGUACGGUGCUCUUACCAGACGACUGCAGUGAUGUUUAUCAUCAGUUAGACAUUGCUAUCUGCUUCAUCUCAGCACUCUACAGCCUACUCGUUGGCCUAGUGGUAUUUUGUUACUUAAUUCAUCACCUCUGGCUUAUUUAUCUUGGAACAACGUCGAACGAGCGUCGUUUACGAAUAUCUAGAAAUCAAUACGAUCAUGGAAUCUUAAAAAAUGUAUCUCGGUUAUUUUGUUGCAAGACUUAGAUACGAAUGAUAAAUAGUCUAGAAUAUUGUACUUUGUACAGAGCAUAUUUUAUUUGUUACCAAGAGAAUAAAAUGACCAUCAAUAUUAUGAAUCAAUUUGAACUACGAUCGUCAAGCCAGGUACUUAAAAAAUUCUAGUAUAUUUCUUUUAUCGAUAAUAUUAUUUGUUUACUUGUAUUUUUCGAUGUCUUUAUUACGACACUUUUUACUAGGAAUGGUUUUACGUUCAACGAGGAUAUGUCAUAAACUGUGUGAUAUACUAAUAGCAAUUUACGUAUAUCAAGCACUAUAAUGGCAUAUCGUAAUAAUAGUAUAUCAAUCAUAAAUCAAAUUUCUGGUUAUUGUGUCAGGAUUUUACUAUAUUUAGUAUUUAUAUACAUUUAUUGUAACUGUGAUAAAGUACUUAUUACGUGCUAAUUAAUUAUUUCUUUAGAAACGAAAUAUAAAAUCAAAAAUAUGUAUAAUUUAUAUAAAAUCUUUGAACUA